AUGGCUUGCCAUUUGAAAUUGGCACCCGGGCUUCAGAGCACAGCUGUAGCCAACUUCGUAUUGAAACGUACUGAAGGGGUUUGCGCAAAGAACUUAGCAAACUUGUCAUUGCAGAGCGCACUGACAGUGCGGUGCCAUGCACUAGUUUUGUGCUCCGCCUCAAAUGGACUUGGUCCUACACUACCCGAGGUGACGCCGACCUUCGUUUCUGUCGUACAGUUCCCGAUUUCCAGCUUCCGGCGUGAAAACGUUUGGCUGGAUACAGAAACUCUUGGCUGGACGGUGCUUGGACAACUUUAUGUUACAUGA